UGCACCAAAAGCCAAAUGCUUCUAAGAGCGGUACGGCCUGCAAUCGCAGAAGCCGGAGUUUCUUGCCGCACACGAAACAAGGAUUUGCUCCUCGAUCUCUUCAAACGAUCCAGCACUGUCUCUCACCUUACCCAAACCCACGCUCAGAUCCUUGUUCAUGGCUUCCGAAACGACGUCGCGUUGCUCACCAAGCUCAUCCAACGACUCUCAGACCUCGGCGCCAUGUCCUACGCUCGCGAUCUCUUCCUCUCCGUUUCAGAACCUGACCUCUUCCUCUUCAAUGUCGUUAUUCGCAGCUUCUCCGCUAACGAGUUGCCUCUCUCGUCGAUUUCGAUGUUCACCCACAUCAGGAAAUUCACCAAUCUCAUGCCAGAUAGCUUCACUUACGCCUCCGCGAUCACCGCUGCUUCGGGUUUUCAGGACGAGAGGGCUGGGUUGGUGUGGCAUGGGCAAGCGACGGUUGAUGGGUAUGGCUCGGAUUUAUUCGUUGGAUCCACCAUCGUCGGUAUGUACUGCGAGUUUUGGCGCGUAGACUAUGCCCGAAAGGUGUUCGAUAGAUUGCCUCACAAGGAUACGAUCUUGUGCAAUACGAUGAUAUCUGGGUUCCACAAGAGCGGAGUGUUCGUAGAAUCUGUUGCAGUUUUCAGGAGCUUGAUCAAUGGAGGGAAUCCUCGUUUUGAUUCCUCCUCUUUGACUUCUGUUCUUCCUUCUGUAGCUGAGUUGCAGGAGCUGAGACUCGGGAGACAAAUCCAUGGUCUUGCGACAAAAACAGGGUGCAGUUGUCACAUUUUUGUUCUUACAGGAUUUAUCUCAUUGUAUUCGAAAUGCGGAGAGAUUAACACUGCAAGUAGUCUGUUUCGAGAGAUUCGUAGACCGGAUUUAGUAGCUUACAAUGCCAUGAUUGCUGGGUACACAUUCAAUGGUGAGAGCGAGCUCUCAUCGAGGAUUUUCAAGGAACUCGUUUUAUCGGGAGAGAGAAUGAACUCGAGCACACUGGUGGGUUUGAUUCCAGUCGAUUCGCCCUAUAGCCAUCUUAUGCUUUCUUGUGCCAUUCAUGCUUUCAGCUUGAAGUCUGGUUUUGUGUAUCAUACCACAGUCUCGACUGCGUUAACCACAGUUUAUAGUAAAUUGAAUGAGAUGGCAUCAGCCAGGAAGCUUUUUGACGAGUCUCCAGACAAAAGCUUGGCAUCUUGGAACGCGAUGAUCUCGGGUUACACUCAAAAUGGUUUGACAGAGGAUGCUAUAUCUCUCUUCAAGGAAAUGCAGAGGUGUGCCAUGAGUCCAAAUCCUGUGACGAUCACUUGUAUUCUCUCAGCUUGUGCUCAGCUCGGGACUUUGAGCUUGGGAAGACAUGUUCAUGAUUUAGUGAAGAACAAGGGUUUCAAGUCUAACAUAUUCGUGUCAACUGCAUUGAUCGAUAUGUACGCAAAGUGUGGAAGCAUUGCAGAGGCACGCCGGUUAUUUGACCUGAUGCCCGAGAAGAACGUGGUGACAUGGAACGCGAUGAUCUUUGGUUAUGGCCUUCACGGACACGGGCAGGAAGGUCUGAAGAUCUUCAACGAGCUGUUGAGUUCGAGUAUUCCACCGACACCAGCCACUUUCCUCUGUGUAUUAUACGCUUGCAGCCAUGCUGGUCUAGUUAAAGAAGGUGAUGAGAUAUUCCAUUCGAUGAUUCACCAGUAUGGUUUCGAGCCAUCACACAUGCAUUACGCGUGUAUGGUUGAUAUUCUAGGCCGAGCAGGACAUCUCGAGAAAGCCUUACAGUUUAUAGAGGCAAUGCCGAUUAAGCCGGGCCCUCCAGUGUGGGGCACUCUGUUAGCCGCUUGUAUGACUCACAAGAACACGAAUCUGGCCCGUACCGUCUCUGAGAAGCUUUUUGAGUUAGACCCGGAAAAUGUAGGAUACCAUGUGUUACUCUCCAACAUAUUCUCCGCCGAGAGGAACUAUCCGCAGGCUGCAACGGUCAGGCAAGUCGCGAAGAAGAAGAAACUAGCCAAGACUCCCGGGUGUACGUUGAUAGAAAUAGGGGAGACACCUCAUGUUUUUACCUCGGGUGACCGGUCACAUCCUCAGGCAAAGGAAAUAUACGCGAGGCUGGAGAAGCUUGAGGGGAAGAUGAGAGAGGCCGGGUACACCCCCGAGAUUGAUAUGGCUUUGCACGACGUGGAAGAGGAAGAGAGGGAGCUCAUGGUGAAGGUUCACAGCGAGAAGCUGGCCAUAGCUUUUGGACUGAUAGCUACUGAACCAGGGACCGAAAUCCGGAUCAUAAAGAAUCUUAGGGUUUGUUUAGAUUGUCACUCCGCGACUAAAUUCAUCUCGAAGAUCACAAAGAGGGUGAUUGUUGUUAGAGACGCAAAUCGUUUCCAUCACUUCCAGGACGGAGUUUGCUCUUGCGGAGAUUUUUGGUAACGGUCUCUGUUGUAACAUGAAUAAGCAAAAGAGUUAGGAGUUUCAGCCCCCAAACAGAGUGUUCUCAUCCUGUAACAUAUGGCAUUGCUGCUGAUAUUUA